CUGCCGACGUGUUUCGUCUGCGGCGGGUGCGUGUACGCUGCUAACGCUCUCUCUCUCAAUUGAGCAGCGAACCGUUGCCGCCGUCUGUCCCGAACAGUGAUCGAAAGGGGAAAUUGUAGUACGCGAAACAUCAUACACAAUCCACACACACACACACACACACAGAGCUAAAUCGAAGCCGAACGAUGCAGUUCAACUGUGUGUUUGUGUGUUAAAAUGUGAUAAUGUAGGUAUUUAAUAGAACCAUAUUAGGCACAUACAAUGAGUUUUUGUGAUCGGUUUAUUUUUCAGCCAUCAUCAAAUGCGCUUCCGUCAUUUUGUUUUGACAGUUCCCAUGUCCCAACGGGCGCGCCUUAUCAACAGCUCGUUAUCGAUCUUAUCGAAAUGACAUAAAUAUACAAAUUUGUAUAUAUUCAAUUGCUUGUUCGGUGAGGUGUGAUUGCAAAUGGAAGCAGCCCUUAGUGUGAGCAAACUAGCGCCACUGACCAGUCGGCCAAAUGCCGUACCAUGCUGGUGUUGGUGUACGCGUGAAGGCGCACGCCUGCGUCUCUGCGUGCUCGCCGCUCUCUGCGUUUUACUUUCUCAUUCACACGCGUGAGCUAGACCGGGAUAGGGCACAGACGUAUACACACAUACACAGGGAAAAAAAAACAGGGGAAAUAAAAAUAUACCGCCUGCUAUAAUGAAAGAAAGAGAAACAAUAAAGGAGAGAGAGAGAGAGAGAGGGAGAGAGAAUGACGGUUGUGUGGUUCCGCACACGUUGUCAACCGGGUUCGGUGCUGUUGUGUUUGUGUGUAAAGUCAGUCUCGUCCCGAUCUCUCGGUGUGCGAAGAGAAGAGAAGCAGUUAGUCCAGUGUUGAAGUGUAGCCUGCCCGUGACGACGACGACGAAAACGACGGCUGGUCGGGCACGAAAGGGCACCGAUUUUAUACAUCCAAGCCUCACAGCUCAGCUCUUCCUGCCUUCCCCCCCACCCCCACUCCCCCACCGGUCCCCCAGCUGGGUUGGGAAGCUUGCGGCCGCUUCCUCUCGUCCGUGCCCGUGCGGCGGUGUAGUACCUCGUGUCAAAAACAAUCAAACAGACAAACAAACAAACAAAUAACUUUAAUGAAAAAAAGAAAAGAAGAAGCAGAAAGAAAUCGACAAGCAGCAGUGCGGCAGAGGAGAGGUGUUUGGACUAGUGUGCAGCUCGAGAAAAUUCACCCAGCAACCCUCUCUCGCCCUUUUGCCACCCCGCGCGUGUUAUCUCUUGUGUCUGUGUGGGGUUGUGUGAAAAUUCUUGUCUGCGCGGGCUUUACACGCUCGACAAGUACAAGUGGGUACACUACUGCAUGCUGUGUGCGUGUGUGUGUGUGUGGCUACAUGCUACGCCAAUUUGUCGCCAUUGAACAGGCCGUUUUAGGUUUUGUUUGUUGGUGGGUGCAAUAGACGCGUAUCAUGUAGGUAGCCGCAGUUGUCAAAUCAAACGAACGUCUAGUGUGGUGUCGAGCUCGAGACCACGGGAGCAACCAGUACCAAAGGGUGUGAAGGUGGUGGCGGCGGUGGGGGUACCGCAGGAAAACGAUUUUGUGCGUGUGUGUGUAUUGUGUUGGCUUUGUCGCUAUUUGACGUAGUUGUCGCGCCUCGAACCCGCGUCACGUUACCGAAACCGAGAGAGCGCGAGAAGGCAGAGGACUCUGAAUCUCGAUCAUCGUGCUCGCGUCGCUUCCACAUCGACCCGGCCAAAUCGUUUGUUACCGUUUGGUCGCGUACGAAGCGCACGGAGCAAAAGGAGGGAGCCAUGUUGUCCAUACGAUGUCGGCCGGUACGCAGCUGCAGAUGGCACCACAAACAACAAUAGUACAACAAGUUGGCCAAGUCGACCAAACUGCAUCACACCAUCACCAUACGUCGCAUCAUCUCCAGCAGCAGCAGCAGCAGCAGCAGCAACAGCAGCAACAAUCGCAUCAUCAUCAUCCGCAGCACUUUAACAGUGGCAAUCAGCAGCAGCAUCAUCAGCAGCACCAGCAAGUGGCAACGGUGCUGAGCUCGCACCAGCAGCAACAGCAGCAGACGUCGGCUGCCGCCGCGGCAGCAAUUGCCGUUGUCCUGGGCGGUGGCGGCAGCGGUAACGGCGGCGGCGGCGGUGCGGGCGGUGGUGGUGGAGCAGCAGCAGCAGCAGCAGCAGCAGCAGCGGGCAGCAAUAACGGCGGUACGGCGACGGGCAGCAGCAGUGCCAAGAGCAGUAGCGGCUCCCUGGCGGACGCGGCCCAGCCGACGACAACCACGACGACGACGACGGCCGGGGUGGCGGUAGCGACAGCCGGCGGGACGACGACGCCCGCCCUACAUCCUCCCAUCCCCGUCGGUAGCGGGCUGCAGCAGCAGCAUCACGCCCAUCACACACACCAUCACCACCACCACCAGCAGCAGCAGCAGCAGCAGCAACACCAUCAGAACAACAACAAGGAUCAGGACUCGAACAUGAGCACCGGCUCGUCCCACAGCGAUAAGGAGCAGGACGCGAUCAUGAUGAGUGCGGUGGCGGCCGGGCUGGCCAUCGGGUCGACGCCCCCCUCGGAGAAGGUGUCGCGGGCGGCGUCCGAGCGCAAGCGCAAGCGGAAGGCGCCGGACGACAAUGGCGGCCCGGGCGGAGGCGGCGUCGGGGCGGGAGCGGGAGGCGGAGGUCAUUUUCGUGAUAGUAGAGAUAAUAUAAAGGGUCUGCGGCUGACGCUGCCGCCCCUCAGUGAUAAUAAGAAGAUAAACGAUUAUUUUUCUAAACACCCGGGGCUGCCGGCCGCCGCGUCGUCCCCCCGCGUGUCCAGUAGCACUAAUAGCCCGUUAGUCGGUGGCAUCACCACCACGAUCACCGCGGUCGGCAGCGGGGGCAGUGGUAGCAGUGCCGCCUCAGCCGCCGCCGCCGCCGCCGCUGGCAACACUGCCGGCGGCAACAACAGUAGCGCGCUAGGAGCAAUAUCCAAUAAUUCGCCGCACGUGGAUCCCGGGGGUGGCGGCGGGACGACCGGCAACACCGCUGGCAGUGGUACCGGCCCUGCCCGCAAAAGCCCCAACCCGCAGUAUCCCAUGUACCCCCCUAGUCCACAGACGACGCCGCUGCUGCCGGUGGGCAGCAAUGGCAACAACAACAACAACAACAACAACGGCCACAAUGCCGGCGGCGCUGGUGCCGCGUCGGACCUGUUCACCACCGGCGGCAGCAGUCGAACGCAGCGGCAGCAGCAGCAGCAGGCGGCGGCGGCGGCGGCAGCGGCGGCUGCGGCGGCCAAUGCGGCCGUCUCGUCCGCGCCCUCCUCGCCGUCGGUGGGCAACAACCCGGCCAGUGGCAACAACGCUUCCGUACUAGUUCCUCCAUCCGUCUCGACCGCCAUGUCGGCGGCGGCGGCGGCGGCCGCGGCAGUCGAGGCGGCGAAACAGGCGGCCGCCACCUCCACACCGUCGGCGACGACGGUCCUGUCGCCCAUCAUAACGCCGCUGGUCAGCACGGCGGUGGUCAGCACGACCGGCACGGCCGGCUCGGGCGUCUCGCUGCAGCAGCAGCAGCAGCAGUACCAGUCGGGUAUCGUGCUCGUGCCCAGCAACAACAGUACCACCUCGUCGCUCAUGCACCAGAAGCCAACGGCAGCGUCGGCCGGUCAGCAGAAGCAGCAAACCGGCGGCGGACAGCAGCAGCCGGCGUCCGCCGGCUCGACGCAGCAGCGAGAUUCUCAGGCCCAAACGCAGCAGUCGGCCGGUGGGGCGACGAACAACCACCAGCUGGCGUGCAGCGCCUCCACGCCGGGGACGGGGACGACGGCGCCGAGCAACUGCAAUGCGGCGGGGGCCGCCGCCGCCGCCGACCACCACCAUCAGCGCGUGACGCUCGUGUCGUGCAACACGAGCAGCAACAGCAGCAGCAAUGGCGGGGCCGCCGUCGCCGUCGCCGCGACCGGGUCGACCACCCCCAGCGGCGGCGACCUGACGAGCAGCGGGAUCGGCAGCACCAACGUGCCGCUGACCACGACCACCGCGGCCACCUCGACGACGAGCAACAACAGCAGCAUCGGGGCCGGCGCCCAGAACAGCAAUUCCAUACUCCAGCUACCGGGCGGUGCGGUAGUCACCACCACCAAGUCAAUUGGGCAGAAGCUGCAGCAGCAUCAGGCAACCACCACCUCCUCAUCCUCCUCCACCAACACGACCGGCGGGCAGCAGAGCGACAGCAGUAGCAACAAUGGCGGCAACUUUGGCAGCAGCAAGUUCGGCCAGCAGCAGCAGCAGCAGCCGGGCGGCGCAUCCGCCUCGACCGGCACGGCCCCGACCACGCCGACCACGCUGAUGCUGACCAAGUUCGUGCAGACCGACCUGACGCAGGCGGACAUUACCGAGCGGGACCACGACUUCGAGAGCAGCCGGACGCGGGUGGACGAGCUGUCCCGGCUGUCGGACGAGCAGAAGUGCCAGCUGAGCGUGCACCAGAAGGCGAUCGAGCAGCACAAGAGCCAGAUCAGCAAGUGCGUCGAGGUGGUGAAGAAGCUGCUCAAGCAGAAGAGCAACAUCGAGAAGAAGGAGGCGCGCCAGAAGUGCAUGCAGAACCGGUUGCGGCUCGGGCAGUUUGUGACGCAGCGGGUUGGCGCCACCUUCCAGGAGAACUGGACGGACGGGUACGCGUUUCAGGAGCUGGCCAAACGCCAGGAGGAGAUCACUGCCGAGCGGGAGGAGAUCGACCGGCAGAAGAAGCUGCUGAUGAAGAAGCGGCCCACGAACAGCGAGGGCGGCCGCAAGCGCAACAACUCGUCGGCGACGGGCGGUGGUGCGGGCGGGACGGGCGGGGCCGGCGAUCGGGGCGGCACCGGGCCGGGCAGUGCGGGCGUCGGUACCGGCGCCGUCGUGGCGAUGGGCAGCGGCGGCGUGGUGGGCGCCAGCGCGGGCAGCGUCGGCAGCGGGGGCGGCGGGUCGGCGCUGCACAACGGCAACGACAGCACGUUCCUGAAGCCGGACCCGGUCGUCAGCAGCAGCAGCACGUUCACGCUGCAGGAGUACUACGAGUGCGACGAGAUACUGAAGCUGCGCCAGAGCGCGCUGAAGAAGGAGGACGCCGACCUGCAGCUCGAGAUGGAGAAGCUCGAGCGGGAGCGGAAUCUGCACAUCCGCGAGCUGAAGCGGAUACACAACGAGGAUCAGUCGCGCUUCAACAAUCACCCGGUGCUGAACGAUCGGUACCUGCUGCUGAUGCUGCUCGGCAAGGGCGGCUUCUCCGAGGUGCACAAAGCGUUCGACCUGAAGGAGCAGCGGUACGUCGCGUGCAAGGUGCACCAGCUCAACAAAGACUGGAAGGAGGACAAGAAGGCGAACUACAUCAAGCAUGCGCUCCGGGAGUACAACAUCCACAAGGCGCUCGACCAUCCGCGGGUGGUGAAGCUGUACGACGUGUUCGAGAUCGAUGCCAACUCGUUCUGCACCGUGCUGGAGUACUGCGAUGGGCACGAUCUGGACUUUUACCUGAAGCAGCACAAAACCAUCCCGGAAAAGGAGGCACGGUCAAUCAUAAUGCAGGUCGUGUCGGCGCUCAAGUAUCUGAACGAGAUCAAGCCGCCGAUCAUCCAUUACGACCUGAAGCCGGGCAACAUCCUGCUCACCGAGGGCAACGUGUGCGGUGAGAUCAAAAUUACCGACUUCGGUCUGUCGAAGGUGAUGGACGAAGAGAACUAUAACCCGGACCAUGGUAUGGACCUUACGUCACAAGGUGCUGGAACUUAUUGGUAUCUGCCGCCGGAGUGCUUCGUGGUCGGCAAGAAUCCGCCGAAAAUCUCGUCCAAGGUGGACGUGUGGAGCGUGGGCGUCAUCUUUUACCAGUGUCUGUACGGCAAGAAGCCGUUCGGGCACAACCAGUCACAGGCGACGAUCCUGGAGGAGAACACGAUCCUCAAGGCGACCGAGGUGCAGUUCGCCAACAAGCCAACCGUGUCGAACGAGGCAAAGAGCUUUAUACGGGGGUGUCUCGCGUACCGGAAGGAGGACCGGAUGGACGUGUUCGCGCUGGCCAAGCACGAGUAUCUGCAGCCGCCCGUGUCGAAGCACAACCGGUCGUCCAAUGCGCAGAAUGCGCACGCCGGCGGCCAAAACAGCAGCAGCACCGGUACCGGUGCCGGCGGGGGUGGCGGCGGCGGCGGCGGCGGUGGCGGUGGAUCGGGCGGAUCGGGCGGGGCCGGCGGCAAUCAGAUCGGCCAGCAGACGUCCUUUUCCACCGGCAUGUUCGGCAACAUGAACCAGUCCAGCUCGUCUUAGCUA